AUGGGUGAUGUGGAGAAUGAGGAGAAUGAGGAGAAUGAGGAGAAUGAGGAGAAUGAGGAGAAUGAGGAGAAUGAGGAGAAUGAGGAGAACGAGGAGAAUGAGGAGAAUGAGGAGAAUGAGGAGAAUGAGGAGAAUGAGGAGAAUGAGGAGAAUGAGGAGAAUGAGGAGAAUGAGGAGAAUGAGGAGAAUGAGGAGAAUGAGGAGAAUGAGGAGAAUGAGGAGAAUGAGGAGAAUGAGGAGAAUGAGGAGAAUGAGGAGAAUGAGGAGAAUGAGGAAUUUAUUAGAUAUUUAACUAAGGAUUUC